GACGAGACCAUGAGUUUUCUGCUCUCAAGAAUAUGGAGGUGUUAAGGGCCUAUCAGACAAGUUGAAGACAAAUUUAGACAAAGGAAUUAUUGGAGAUGAACCUGACUUAUUACAUAGAAGGAAUGCUUUUGGUGCUAAUACAUAUCCUCGAAAGGAAGGAAGAAGUUUCUUGGUUUUCCUCUGGGAAGCUUGGCAAGACCUAACUCUAGUCAUCUUGAUGAUAGCGGCAGCUAUAUCCUUGAUAUUGGGUAUAAAGACCGAGGGAAUUAAAGAAGGGUGGUAUGAUGGAGCAAGCAUUGCUUUUGCUGUUAUAAUUGUCAUAAGUGUGACAGCUUUCAGUGACUAUCGCCAGUCACUUCAAUUCCAAAAUUUGAAUGAGGAGAAGCGAAACAUACGGUUGGAGGUAACUAGGGGUGGUCGAAGAAUCGAGGUUUCCAUAUUUGAUCUUGUUGUUGGUGAUAUUGUUCCUCUUAAAAUAGGUGAUCAGGUACCAGCAGAUGGAAUUUUAAUUGCUGGUCAUUCCCUUGCUGUUGAUGAAUCUUGUAUGACCGGGGAGAGCAAAAUUGCCCACAAGGAUCAAAAGGCUCCUUUCUUGAUGUCUGGAUGCAAAGUUGCUGAUGGUUAUGGUACCAUGUUGGUAACUGCUGUAGGAAUCAACACUGAAUGGGGUUUACUGAUGGCCAGCAUAUCAGAAGAUAAUGGUGAAGAAACUCCUCUGCAGGUACGACUUAAUGGAGUGGCUACAUUUAUUGGUAUAGUAGGCCUCUCUGUUGCUGUUCUGGUUCUUGGAGUCCUUUUGGCCAGAUACUUCACCGGUCACUCAGAAAAUGCUGACGGUAGUCCUCAGUUUAUAAAGGGUCAGACUAGUGUAAAAGCUGCUAUAAAUGGAGUUGUCAAGAUAAUAACAAUUGCAGUAACAAUUGUAGUAGUUGCUGUGCCUGAGGGCCUUCCGCUGGCUGUUACUUUGACCCUUGCAUACUCGAUGAGGAAGAUGAUGGCAGACAAAGCUCUGGUGCGAAGGCUAUCAGCUUGCGAAACAAUGGGAUCAGCUACAACUAUAUGUAGUGAUAAAACUGGAACUUUGACCCUGAAUGAGAUGACUGUUGUGGUGGCAUAUAUUGGUGGAAAGAAGAUAGAUCCUCUUGAUAAUGUUGAUCAAAUGCAUUACACGACAUCCUCUCUACUGAUUGAAGGGAUUGCACAGAAUACAACGGGCAAUGUCUUUGUCCCAGAGGACGGAGGAGCUGUUGAAGUUACAGGUUCACCUACUGAGAAGGCUAUUCUUUCUUGGGGGGUCAAACUUGGGAUGAAGUUCGAUGUUGCAAGAUCAGAAUCAUCAAUUCUUCAUGUGUUUCCUUUUAAUUCUGAGAAAAAACGUGGUGGUGUUGCAGUUGAUGCGGGAGAUUCUAAAGUGCAUGUGCACUGGAAAGGGGCUGCUGAAAUUGUUCUUGCGUCGUGUUCAAGUUGGCUUGAUGCAAAUGGUUUAGUUCAGACAAUUGACAAUGAGGAGAGCACAUUGAAAAAAGUCAUUGAGGACAUGGCAGCAAAGAGCCUCCGCUGUAUUGCCUUUGCUUAUGGAUCAUAUGGAUUGGAAAUUGUUCCAAAUGAGGAAGAGAGAGAUACAUGGAAAUUGCCUGAGAAUAAUUUGGUUCUGCUUGCUAUUGUGGGAAUAAAGGAUCCUUGUAGGCCAUGUGUUAAAGAUGCGGUACAGCUUUGCACUAGUGCAGGUGUGAAGGUUCGUAUGGUCACUGGAGAUAAUCUCCAAACUGCUAAAGCCAUAGCUUUGGAGUGCGGGAUACUAGAUUCAGAAGCCAGUGCUACUGAGCCAAAUCUCAUAGAUGGGAGGGCAUUCCGGGAAUUGUCUGAAAAGGGUAGAGAAGCCAUUGCUGAGAAAAUAUUGGUAAUGGGAAGAUCUUCCCCUAAUGACAAGCUCCUUCUUGUUCAAGCAUUGAGAAGGAAGGGCCAUGUUGUUGCUGUCACUGGGGAUGGAACUAAUGAUGCUCCUGCGUUGCAUGAGGCAGAUAUUGGUCUUGCCAUGGGAAUCCAAGGGACAGAAGUUGCUAAAGAGAGCUCUGACAUCAUUAUCUUGGAUGAUGAUUUUGCAUCUGUUGUAAAGGUUGUGCGUUGGGGUCGUUCCGUUUAUGCAAAUAUCCAAAAAUUUAUCCAGUUCCAACUCACUGUCAAUGUUGCAGCUCUAGUUAUAAAUGUUGUUGCAGCUAUUUCUUCUGGAAAUGUUCCUUUGAAUGCUGUUCAGCUUCUUUGGGUUAAUCUGAUCAUGGAUACUCUUGGUGCACUAGCACUGGCAACAGAACCACCCACUGACCAUCUUAUGGCCAGGCCUCCUGUUGGUCGAAGGGAGUCGCUCAUAACUAAUGUGAUGUGGAGAAAUUUAAUUGUGCAGGCUUUAUAUCAAGUGGUGGUCCUCCUUGUGCUAAAUUUUGGUGGCCGGAGUAUUCUGCAUUUGAAGAAUGAAACUCGAGCUCAUGCAGAUAAAGUGAAAAAUACCUUCAUAUUCAAUUCGUUUGUCCUGUGCCAAAUAUUCAAUGAGUUCAAUUCUCGGAAGCCAGGAGAACUGAAUAUUUUCGAGGGAAUCACAGGAAAUCGCCUCUUCAUGGGCAUCAUUGCCAUAACUGUUGUCUUGCAGGUGAUAAUCAUAGAGUUCCUUGGAAAAUUCACAUCUACAGUCAAGCUUGAUUGGAAGCUCUGGCUUGCUUCAAUUGGUAUUGGUUUUAUAAGUUGGCCACUAGCUGUACUUGGGAAGCUAAUUCCAGUCCCCGAAAUUCCCAUCACAGAAUACCUUCAGACUUUAUGCUGCCGGAGAAGACACGAAGAAAAAGCAGAAGAAACUUCAAAUGACCAUGCAUAGUCUGUGCUGGUUUCUUGUUGGAGAUAUUCUUCAAUAGGAUUUGGAUAUGUUUAUAUCAAUGUAUGCUUGUAUAUUAGAUACUCAGUAUUGCAUAAAAAAGAUCUUUUUAAACAGGAAGAAUUCUACACUUGUUCUGUUUGUGAUAAUUGAUAAUGGAAAAUUUAGCCGCAAACA